AUGAUAGCGACUACCGAGCCGGAGGGCUCUUUCCUCCCUUACCGAAGGCCGAGCCGUCGUCGAGUCAAUGCUCUGGUCUUCCUUACCGAGAAGAUUGGGCCAGAAGUAUUACCAUAUCUGAUGCACAACCCUGAUGUAAAUCUACGGGUGGUUGCAGACUGUUCCAAGCAAGAGUUCGAAGGCUACAUGGAUGGUGACAUCUCGCUACAAAAUGUACAAUGGUACCAAAACUCGCCGCAGGAUCCUUAUCGGAACCAGAACCAGAUGCAAGGUCACCGCCUCGCCAGAUGGGCUGAUCUGCUGUUCAUCGUUAUGGACGCGGGCAUGACUUCUCUCAUGCUGACUGGUUAUACCACCGAUGUCAUAUUGCACGUUCUGAGAUGCUGGGAUACAUCCAAACGCAUCCUGAUGCUGCCAGAGUUGAGCGUGGACGAAUGGAAGCACCCACUUCGGAGUAAGCAGAUGUCCAAGUUGCAGAGGAAGUGGGAUUGGGUACACGUACUGUCGCCUGCUUUGUGGGAUUUUGCGAACGAGCCAACAGGUGUCAGCCAGCCUGGUCCUCACCCUAUAGGCAUCGAUGCUUUGCCCGAAAUCGACUGGCAAUGGGACGGCCCCGAGGGAAUUAUCGAAGCUAUCCAUAGCGAAACCCAGAGCAUUCUGCGAAAGCAUGCCUCCAAGCCCUUUCCACUACCUAGGCUGAGCUCUGGAAACGACGACGAAUCGGAUAGGCCUCGAUUGCCGCCUGAAGUUUGGACCAAUGUGGUUGAUCAUCUGGGAGACUGGGAGCUGGCAACUGCUCUGGGCAUCUACCACCACAUUCCAAUUCCACCUGAUUGGAAGAGGUUGGUUCCUCAACCGGGGGCCAAGACGCAAACUCUCGAGUACACAAUCUUGACACGACCGCUCUCAAGGAUACGAGCUUACUUCACAACUUCAGCCUCCUACAAGCCUCCCACAACGUUGUCGCCUAUUGCUACCAGAUUGAUCUUCAGAUUCAGCAUGACCAAACUGCUGACGUAUUUGGCACUCCAGCAGAAGGACAUAUUCUGGACCAGCUUUGGCUUGUCACUCCUCCCACACAAGGCAAGUCUGUUUUACAACUCACCUGCCAUUCUGCAGUGGUGGAAAGACUGUCCUGCCGUGAUCAAGAAGGAGUAUGGUCCAGAAGCAAUGGAUGGUGCUUCCAGAGCUGGCUUCGUGGAAGUAUUGGAAUGGUGGCUCAAUUCUGGGCUACCAAUGUCUUACACGGAAAAAGCACUCGAACAUGCUUCUGCCAAAGGCCACAUCGAAGUACUUGACUGGUGGAAAACCAACAGCGAGAAACUGAACGGUACGUCUCGGGAGUUGCCUCUCAAAGUAGGCAAGUCAAUCAUACUUGCUGCCCAGUCUGGCCGAGUGGAGUCAAUCGAAUGGUGGGAGAAUUCAGGUAUUCCCUAUUCGCAUGAGGACGGUGUCACAAGACUCGCUUCACAGCAUGGCCAUGUGGCUGUACUGGAAAAGUGGUUCUCCUUCAAAGGCUCCAAGAUGAUCUUUGAUAACCAGGUUCUCGUCGGGGCAACCAAAAACGGUCAUGCUGGAGUCUUGCAAUGGUGGAAAGAUGUCAGCAAGAAGAGUGGCUUGACCGUGGAGUAUAAGACCUGCGACAUUGAAGAAGCAAUGGAGGAUGCUGUAGGUGGUGGCGGUGAAGGUGAGGUUCGGGACUGGUGGUCUCGGAAUGGUCUCAACCUUGGAGUCGGAACCGGCGAAUGGAUGAAGGUCAAGACGCUGUGA